UGUAACCUCUAACCGGUGAUAAUGUAAUACAUGUUCAUUGUUUACAUUUUAGAUCACAUAGCUGACGAACAAUAUCAUACUUGAUAAUGGCUCAAAAUAGAUUCACACAGCCACUUAAAUCGCUUAAUAAUGACAUAAGGGCGUUUGUCAGCUUUGUGAACACGACUAAUCGUAAUGUUUGCCUGCUGUGGCUGGACUAUAAAGGUAAACGAGUCCGGUACGGCGACAUUCCACCAGGUCGGGGCCUCCUAAUAAACACAUAUGUCACGCACCCGUGGAUAGCUUACGACGCUGUGACCAGUUACCCAUUGUUGUUCAACGGAGAAAUGGCGUUCUUUCCGCAAGAACAAAGGGAUAACCAGGUUUUUAGUGAGGACAACAGAGAACUCGUGUCCAUACACAUACCUGUGUACUCACUUUACCGUCGUUGUCUAGAAGUGGUUUACCUACACAUACGUCCAGAUGUCGUCAACGCGGAAAAUAUCCCAACUAACAUCAAGGCUAUUCUGACCAAAAUGCAACCCGUCAGCGACUUUACCGACUACCCCGACUUUCACAGAAUGCAUUACGAAAAUAUUGCGAAUAUUGACAACAUGGGGCCUCCCGAAUGAUGACAUGACAGUAACGAAAACUCUCAUACGUUGUUCCGUUAGUAUGCAUAGCUGUUCACGGUACAUAUAUUCA